CCGGAACAGGCGGGGCCGAUCCCGCGUGUCUGUGCCCGGUGCGGAGCCGGUGUUCCCGGUCCCGCAGGAUGCCCAAGGCCCGGCGGGCGCGGGGCUCCGGCGCGGCCCCGGCGCUGCCCUUGGCCGAGCAGAUCCUGCAGGACGCGGCCCCGCGGGUGCGGGAGAGGCGCGGGGCCGGCGCGGAGGAGCCGGGCGGGGAUGGCGGCGGGGACGGCUUCGUGGACGCGCGGCUGUCCCGCCGCAUCCUGGAGCAAGCACGGCGGCAGCAGGAGGAGCUGGAGGCCGAGCACGGCCCCGGGGCGCCCGCAGCCCCCCGGCAGCGCGGCGCGGUGCUCGCUCCCGGCUCCGACUCGGAGGAUGAUGAGGAAUGGCCUUCGCUGGAGAAAGCGGCGGCGGCGGGACCGAGCGGGGAUUACGGCGGGGAGGUGGAGGUGGACCCCGAGGAUGAGAAAGCCAUCGAGAUGUUCAUGAACAAGAACCCGCCGCUGAGGCGCACGCUGGCCGAUAUCAUCAUGGAGAAGAUCACGGAGAAGCAGACCGAGGUGGAGUCGGCGCUGUCCGAGCUCUCGGGCUGCCCCAUGCCCCAGCUCGACCCCCGUGUCCUGGAGGUCUACAGGGGUGUCAGGGAGGUGCUGUCCAAGUACAGGAGUGGGAAGCUCCCCAAGGCGUUUAAAAUCAUCCCUGCCUUGUCCAACUGGGAGCAGAUCCUCUACAUCACUGAGCCGGAGACGUGGACAGCUGCUGCCAUGUACCAGGCCACCAGGAUAUUUUCCUCCAACCUGAAGGAGAGGAUGGCCCAGAGGUUCUACAACCUGGUGCUGCUGCCACGGAUCCGGGACGACAUCGCCGAGUACAAGCGGCUCAACUUCCACCUGUACAUGGCUCUGAAGAAAGCUCUGUUCAAACCAGCGGCCUGGUUCAAGGGGAUCCUCAUCCCGCUCUGUGAGUCCGGCACCUGCACGCUCAGGGAGGCCAUCAUCAUCGGCAGCAUCCUCACCAAGUGCUCCAUCCCCGUCCUGCACUCCAGCGCGGCGCUGCUGAAGCUGGCUGAGAUGCAGUACAGCGGCGCCAACAGCAUCUUCCUGCGCCUGCUCAUCGACAAGAAGUACGCGCUGCCCUUCCGCGUGCUCGACGCCCUGGUCUUCCACUUCCUGGCCUUCCGCUCGGAGCAGCGGCUCCUGCCCGUGCUGUGGCACCAGAGCUUGCUGGCCCUGGCCCAGCGCUACAAGGAGGACCUGUCCUCGGAGCAGAAGGAGGCCCUGCUGGAGCUGCUCAAGUUCCACAGCCACCCCCAGAUCUCGCCCGAGAUCCGCCGCGAGCUGAUGAACUCCAAGACGAGGGACGUGGAAGGGGAGCAGCCGGCGGCCAUGGAGUGAGCAGGGAAGGGCUGGAGCCUGGCCUGGCCCUGGGAUGCUGCUGGGUGCAGCCAGGAGCCUGGAUGAGGAACGUCCCUCCUGGAUUAGGGUGUCCCUCCUGGGUCAGGGGUUCCCUCCUGGAUCAGGAGCGUUUCUCCUGGAUCAGGGGUGUCCCUUCUGGAUCAGGGGUGUCCCUUCUGGAUCAGGGGUGUCCCUCCUGGGUCAGGAGUGUUCUUCCUGGAUCAGGGGCAUCCCUCCUGGAUCAGGGGCAUCCCUCCUGGGUCAGGGGUGUCCGUCCUGGAUCAGGGGUGUCCCUCCUGGGUCAGGGGCGUCCCUCCUGGGUCAGGAAUAUCCCUCGUGGAUCAGGGUGUCCCUCCUGGGUCAGGGUGUCCCUCCUGGGUCAGGAGCGUUUCUCCUGGAUCAGGGGUGUCCCUCCUGGGUCAGGGGUGUCCCUCCUGGGUCAGGAGCGUUUCUCCUGGAUCAGGAGCGUUUCUCCUGGAUCAGGAACGUCCCUCCUGGAUCAGGGUGUCCCUCCUGGGUCAGGAGUGUUUCUCCUGGAUCAGGGUGUCCCUCAUGGAUCAGGAGCGUCCCUCCUGGAUCAGGGGUGUCCCUCCUGGGUCAGGGGUUCCCUCCUGGAUCAGGAGCGUCCCUCCUGGAUCAGGGGUGUCCCUCCUGGAUCAGGGGUGUCCCUUCUGAAUCAGGGUGUCCCUCCUGGGUCAGGAGUGUCCCUCCUGGAUCAGGAGCGUCCCUCCUGGAUCAGGAGCAUUUCUCGUGGAUCAGGGGUGUCCCUCCUGGAUCAGGAGCGUCCCUCCUGGAUCAGGAACAUCCCUCCUGGAUCAGGGGUGUCCCUCCUGGGUCAGGAAUGUCCCUCCUGGAUCAGGAACGUGCCUCCUGGAUCAGGGGUGUCCCUCCUCGAUCAGGGGUGUCCCUCCUGGGUCAGGAACAUCCCUCCUGGAUCAGGAACAUCCCUCCUGGAUCCGGAGCCUCCUCCACAGGCUGUGCCACAGAGCUGGACUGCAUGCCCUGUGCUGCUAUCACGGGCCAGGGCAGCCCCUGUGCCCCCCAGGAGCCCAGUGCCACCAGCACUGGGACACUUUGUCUUGUUCUGUACUCGGAAAUAAAACCAGAGCCGUGUCAGUCA